UUACAUGACAUCAUAUUCCACACAGUACUGGGCUAUAGUGCAGUUUUGCUGUGAUUCACCUGGCUCUCUAUAAGCAUUUAUUAAGGGGCUCCCUCCUCAGUCUUAGCACAGUCACGUUCUGGUAUGCUUUAGAGAACAUCACUGGGACAAAGGCAAGUCGUGCAGCAACUGUGCUAGCCUAGGAGAGAACAUGAUGCUACACAAUCUAUUUGCUUGCACUAUUUGGUGCUUAUCAUCUGCGCUUACAAUAGCUGUGAACGUACAAGAUGUGGACAACCAGAUACUGGUGACAGGAGAAGUAACUUUAACAGAUUGUCAAAUCAAAGACCUUUCAAGGUGGGAUAAAGUGAUGACGAUGUUAGAGAACUCUCAGAUGAGACAGAAUAUGCUGCUUCAGAAUUUUGAAGAAGUUAAGGUGGAACUGCAGACAGUAAAAGAAGAUCUUGGGACAGGCUCCUGUAAUGACUGCCUCAGCAGCAUUACUUCAGACAUUUCAAGGCUACUGGACUCUAAAUGUGAGCCUGAUGUCGCUUUCAGAAAAAAUGCGGAAAAAUCUGUUAUUUUAAGCCUUGACAUAAUCGAAAGACUAGACCGGAUUGAAAAUGCUUUCAAGAAAUGGGAAGAAGAUGCACAUAAUAAAGCUGAAUGUCCAGAUAAAGAGGAGCCAAUGAGCGAUUCAAGUGUACUAAUCGAGCAGCUACACGACUGGGUCGAGCAACGCCACAUGCCAUCAGGUUGUGAUACAGCAAUACUAUUUCCAAUGAGAUCACCCAAGAUUUACGCGAGCGCGCACCCUGCUGAUAUGACCCUCCAGGCCUUCACUUUCUGUAUGUGGACUAAAGUGACAGAAGCCCUGGAAAAAACCAUUGUAUUCUCAUAUGGCACCAAGCAUAAUCCUUACGAAAUCCAACUGUAUUUGAACCAACAGUCACCUGUACUAGUUGUUGGCGGGGAUAAGAACAAGGUAUCUGCUGAAAAUGCUGUGCAGGCAGGAAAGUGGUCAUACCUGUGUGGUACAUGGAACUCUGAAGAUGGCAAAACAGCAUUAUGGGUCAAUGGAGAACAUAAAGCAACAAGUCCAGAGUUGGCCCAGGGUCACAUCAUCCCUGGCAGAGGUCUAUUCCAGCUGGGGCAAGAAAAGAAUGGCUGUUGUGUAGGAGGAGGUUUUGAUGAAUCAUUAUCAUUUUCUGGAAAAAUUACAGGCUUUAACUUGUGGGAUAAAGUACUCAAUGAUGAUGACAUUGUGAAGACUUCAACAGGAUUUGACUGCAGCAUUCGGGGCAAUGUUAUAGGCUGGGGAACAACAGAAAUUCAACCACAUGGUGGAGCUCAGUAUAUUCACUCAAGUUUCUAAUGGUUUAAUGCAGACACAUUAUAUGUCAGAUGCAUCAGUUCAAUUGUUCAUAAAACAUUUCUGUUUAAAGCUAUAUCCUCCAACUAGUAAUAACACUAUGUCCAGAGAUUUAGAAAGGAAAUAUACUAAUACAAUCUCCCAUUUGGUAUUAACCAUAGCUUCAUUUUUUAUGAACAUUCACUAGCCUAGGGAAUUGUAUAUUUAGCAAUUUCCUCCUGUGCUUCUAUCUUCGGAAUGGCUUUAUUCAUAAGCAUUGGGAAUCCAAUAGAAGAGCCGUAGCACGGAUAUCUUAUUGUUUGCCAUUUUCACAUGAAUCUGUUAGCAUGCUGUUGCUGGCUGCAGAUACAGGAUGUCAUAAAACUGAUUUGUCUGGUGAUGGACUGGCAGGGAUGAAAAUGGAAAUGUGUAUUCCCCCAUGGCUUCCAUACCCUAUUAUCCAAGUGGAUAGUCUGGUAGAAGGGAGUAAUUCCAAAGGCAUGCAAUUCUUUAACAUAUAAGAAUAGUUUCACUGUAGACAACCCUAUGCGGUUGCAGUUUGCGGAUAUAUAUCUUAGUCCUCAUACACAUGGCACAGCAUAGGAAGCUGCUCCGCAUCCUAUGGUUCCAUACUAUGAAACAAAGACAUUCAGUGUGCUGAUUUAAAGGGAUUUUCAUGGAUUAGAAGAGAGUUGACUUGUUCUCAGGAUAGGUCAUCAAUAUCUGAUUGUGGUGGUCCAACAGCUGUUUGAAGGGGCCGCAGCACUUCUAGCCCAGUUACAUCACAUUCACCACUCACAUGGCCUAUGUGCAGUUCAGUCCCAUUCAAGUGAAGCAGCCACUAUACAAUCUGCGGGCGGUGUGACCUCUUCACAAAGCUGAUUGGUGGUGGUGGUGUUGAGUGUCAGACCCCCACCGAUCAGAUAUUAUUAACCUAACUGGAGGAUAGAUAAUCAAUAUUCUAUUAUGCAUUCAUUGUCUGACCUCUUAGACUGGCAGGACCUGCAUUAAGGAUCAUACUUACCUGAUCCCCAGCACUGCAUCCCAGCUUGUUCACUCCCCAGCUUCCACAGCUUGUCUUGGGGCCCUCCGUGUAAACUUCUGGUUUGACGCCGCUGCACCAAUUAAUGGCCAAUGCAGGUUAUCUGCUCCUCUUGCAUCAUGUGACCAUCUGACAUGGCGCAAGGGGUGCAGCAGCCAGUGACUGGCUGCAGUGACAUCAACCUGGAAGUUUACAUGGAGAGA